AUGACGUUGGUGACAGAUAAUGACAAAAAUAACAACAACAAUGACAAUAGUACUGACGAUAAUAUAGUACAAGUAAAGAUUAUUGAAGGAGUAAGUCAUGCAUUUUUACAAAUGUUGGCUUUUUUGCCUGAAUGCCGUGGUGCUAUUAGAACAGUUUCUCGUUGGUUCGUUGAAAGUUUUCAAGAACAUCAUCGUCAGAGCAAAAAUAGUCACAACUUAUUAAUUAAUGAAACAUCAUCAAUAAGUAACAAUAAUAAUUCAAACAAUACUCAAAACUUAAAAUCACAACAAACCGACAACUUUCAAAUUACAAUGCCUUCUCAAAUACCUUUUAAUCAAAUUUCCAAAUCAGACUCAUCAAAUCCAGAUACAAGUGAUUCAUCAAAUAAUGAUAGUCAUGAUAACGAGAACAUAACUCACCUACAUCCUCAUCAUCCACAUGUCACAUUACCAGAACCAGUGUUGACACCAGCUCAUGAACAUCAUGAUCAUUUUCUAUGGGAAAAAGAAAAUAUUUUGAAUGAGAAUGAAAUUUUGAAAAGACGUACAGAUACUUUUAUUAAACAUUUGGCAGAAGGUUGUAAUACUACAAUAGAACAAGGUCAUGGUAAUUCAGUGUGA